GGCGAGGGGUGCGGGGGAGAGCGAGCGAGGCAGCCGUCGGGCCGUGGCCGUCGUGUGCGCUGCUGGGAAGGGAGCCGUCGCUGAGAAAGGCAUUUGAUCACUCACAAUGUCAUUCAUAUUUGAAUGGAUCUACAAUGGCUUCAGCAGUGUGCUGCAGUUUCUAGGAUUAUACAAGAAGUCUGGCAAAUUAGUCUUCUUGGGCUUGGAUAAUGCAGGCAAGACCACCCUUCUGCACAUGCUAAAAGAUGACAGAUUGGGUCAGCAUGUUCCCACGCUACAUCCAACAUCAGAAGAGUUGACCAUUGCUGGAAUGACGUUCACAACUUUUGAUCUUGGCGGCCAUGAGCAAGCUCGACGUGUUUGGAAGAAUUACCUACCGGCAAUUAAUGGGAUUGUCUUUUUAGUGGACUGUGCAGAUCACCCACGUCUUAUGGAAUCCAAAGUGGAGCUAAAUGCACUAAUGACUGAUGAAACAAUAUCCAAUGUGCCGAUUCUUAUCUUGGGUAACAAAAUUGAUAGACCAGAAGCUAUCAGUGAGGAGAAACUGCGAGAGAUUUUUGGACUUUAUGGACAAACCACAGGAAAGGGGAAUGUGCCACUGAAGGACUUGAACACACGCCCCAUGGAAGUGUUCAUGUGUAGUGUACUGAAGAGGCAAGGCUAUGGUGAAGGUUUUCGUUGGCUAUCACAGUACAUUGACUGAUGUUUGGACAGAUGGAUCUACUUCUGGACUGAUCCUGUUCACAACUUCCUUAUGGACUUCUCUAUUAGAACACGGAAGGCUCUCCAACCGCAUACUGACAGUGACAAAGGGAUUCCUGUCUUCAGUUACUCUACAUCACAGUGGUGACACAAUUCUUUUCCUCUUGCCUGACAACCUGCACCUGUACACCGGUGCAGGUUGUCACUUCCAGUUGCCAUUGUUUCCUGUGGAAACCAUGGCUUUCAGUUACAGUGGGGCUGGUGAAUUAGGGUGCGAAACUCUGCACACGGUACUCUAGUGGCUGAAAAAGGGAACAUGUCUCACCACUGUGGCCAAUUGACUUAAAAGAAAGCAAUUAUAUUUUUUAAAGAAAGUGUUUAACGUAAAUGGUGUCCCUUUUAGAUUUUUUUUCCCAGUAAGCAUUCAUCUUGUUUGAGCAAGAAUCUGUUAGGAUUUUUUUAAACAUCUAAGGGUAUUUAGGUAGUUCCCAAAUUACUGAACCAGCUAUCAUGAUAUUCAAAAUCUUUAGUAAAUGCGGGGUGGGUGGGGCUUAAUUGUCUGGUAAGAUGGUUGUGCUGUGUCACACUGCUUGAUCAUGAAGACGGUGCUAUUGGGACUGAGUUGUGCAAUGAUUUUUUUUUCUUUUAAAUUUACUGGGAUUUUAGUUGGGGAUGGGGGCGGGGGGACAGCAUGCACACAGGCACACUGUUCUAGUUUUCCAUGUCAUUAUGCGUAGGAGUCUGGAUGCGGUUAAUCACCUUUGCCCACCUGUACAAGUUAUGAUCACUUUCUCACCAGCUGUCUCUUUUGCAGCAGUAGUGCUCUCAGACUUAAUGGGUCACUACUCGUACUACAUUGCAGGCAAUUACUGAAAACAGCAGUAGAAAUCAUGAAUUUGUUUUCUUGGGAUACUGUAGCAUUAAAAUGUUCCAACAUACA